UAAAGAGAGACGAACGCGCCCACGCAUAGCCCAUUCUUCCGCGGCUUAUACCUAAGCAAGACCAUUCGCCCAGCGACCGAGACGCCAUGCUGAAGUCCAUCGUACCUCUACUGCUGUGCGCAGCAGCCAUCGGCACGCGGAUGCCCGACCUGUUUGAAGGCUGCGUGCGGGAAACAGACGACAACGCGUGGCCGGGCGGAUGCACCCUGGUGCCGGAUGUUCUCGGGAACCAGUCUUUCGCGAAGUACGCCCAGCAAAUUCUCAUGACGCCAGCACUGCAGCCACGCACGGGCUAUCUCAACGCACUUUUGGGAAUGACUCGCGUCGCAUUUCAGCCUUCCGCAGAUGGGUCGGAUGAAACUAUCAUUCGAGCCGAGUUCGCCACCGCCCGAAGUGCCUGCAUUCACCGUGUCGCCUACUCUACUGCUAGUUGCCCGCCUGCUGUGUCUAAGCCAAAUGGGGUGUGUCAGGCAAGGUACUCUAUGUACCAUGGCUCCAUGAUUCUCCAGCAUGCCUGGUGCAAGCCCCUAGAGUAGGCUUGCGAGCUGCCAAGCAAGACUCCGCUUUUGUGGCCCCCUGAAGUACAAGUGCGCCAGACGUGCGAGCCGCAAACUUAGGAGUGAAUAAAGUGUACUGAACACU